AUGUCUUCCCCUAAAGAUUCCCAGGAAUGGACUCAGGUUUCUCGCAAAUCUCGCAAGAACAAGUCCAAGUCCACAAGUUCCAAUCAAGUGUCUUCAUCAUCUCGCUCACAUAUCAACGCCCGCAGAGACGUUCCCAACGAGGAAAACAUUCGCGCCCCAGCUGAGCUUGAAGCAUCUUACAGACAAAAUCGAGAGCACUGGAAGUCUGAACCAUCAUGUGCAGAGGUCCGCGAGCUCAUCGCGAGCAAAGCCUCACAUCUCAACAAGAUCAACCGCGCUAUCAAUUUUGGUGUUGGCACGUUUGAUCCCAAGGGGGUCUACAAUCCCAAGGCAUCAUUCGUACAACUCGCAGCAUUUGAUAUCAUUGUAGAAGAACUAGAGAAAAUCACAGGUGAAAAGAUAGAGACGUAUAUUCAGGACCCCCUGUUCAGCGACUCCGACAAGACUUUCCUUGCCAACCUCGGCCACACCGUCGUCGAAGAGCCAGCAGGAAACGAUCUCAUCACGCCGACUACCUUCUUCUUUGGCGUUCAUCUCUACAAGGGUGUCUAUAAAGAAGCUUUCGAGAAGCAUCUUCCUGUGCUCUUUAUCGGAACAAGCUGGGAUGCUUGGGAGAAUACGUUGGAUGUGGAUGGCCUCGAAAAGAUCAAAGAGAUACACAAUACGUUUGAGCAUUGCGAAUUCCCCGAAGACAAGUACGACACGGCCUUUUCGACCACGGGUAUUUACUGGAAGGUCGAGGGUGAGGAUGAGAAGAGUGAGUCGGUUGAGGAUGAAGACAAGGGAAAGGGAGAGGGAAAGGAUGACAGUGAUGGAGUCGCAGUCAAAGAAGGGGACGAGGAUGAGCUUUCCAAGAAACUUGAGUCGACUACUAUCUCGUAA